AUGGACCAGUUCAAGGAGCGCAGCUCCAAGUCACCGAGUCUGCACAGUAAAUCUUCUGCAGAAAGGUUCAAAGACCGGACCUCUAAAUCGCCCAGUGUGCAUCGCAAAUCAUCGGGCGAUAGGUUGGAAACUUCAUCUAUCAGUUCGGCCGAUUCCAGUGAUAGUAAUCCGGUAAAAACUAUCAAACUGCAUGGGAUUUAUGGUCAUCCGGUCGGCGACAACAAGCCAUUCUUGGUGACUUGGAGAGACAAUGGCGAUAACCAGGAGGCAGCUGUAGAAGUUAUCGAGAAUCUCAAGCAGGUGAUGUCCCGUUUCCCGGAGAUCAAGGCGCCUCUCCAAACUUUCGCCCAGUCGAUCGAGAUUGACUUGAAUAACUACGCGAACAUUGGUUACGACAAGAUUUCCAAGCUCGUGUCGAAGUACAACAAGCUGGCCUCGACUUCUUUUCAACUGUGGAGCGGGCAGACGCGUCCUGGUGUGGAAGAGUGGUCGGUUGAGCCUUGUUCUCCGCAGCUCCUCAAUUUCAUAUGCUCGACUGCGUUUAACCGAGCGGUGCCUGAUGUGAAUCGCCUCAACAAACACUACGAGGCUUUCUCUUCCGAGGUCUACGGCGAAACCAGCUACGAUCAGUUGGAGUUGAUGCUGGAGGAUAUAAAAGCCACCGAAAACGACGUAUUUGUUGAUCUAGGCUCUGGCGUUGGACACCUUGUUUGCUACGUUGCCGGAAGGACCAAAGUCAAAAAGGCCAUUGGCAUUGAAAUCUCGAAAUUUCCGAGUACAUGCGCAGCGACGAUGGAGUCCACCUUCCGCAGUCUCAUGAAAUGGCAUGGGAAGCGUGUCCGAGAUUUCAAGCUGAUUCAAGGCGAUUUCCUCUCUCAAGACCACCUCCAGCUCAUCACUGAGGAAGCUACCAUCAUCUUCAUAAACAACUUUGCCUUUACCGCGGACCUUGACAAGAAGAUCAAAGACGCGAUCAUCAAGAAUUGUGCUCCUGGGACCAAGAUCAUUUCGACGAAGGCCUACGCAAAGAGCAAAGCGGUUCCCGAGCUGCGCGAACGUGAUCUCAAUGAUCUUUCAAUGAUGCUGGACGUUACAAGCCUGCGAACCGUCAACGCUCCAGCCUCCUGGACUGGCGGACAUGUUCCGUAUUAUCUUCAUGUCGUCAAUCCUGCAAAGAUUGAACGCUACUUCGAGUAUAAAAACAAGAAGAACUCGAGCACCCCUUCCUUGGACGAGCGCCGCAGCAACAGCAGCAAAACUAGCCAGAGGAAGAAACCCACCUCUGCCGAGCCGGAUAACAAGAAAGCGCCCGUGACCAAGACUAAGGCCAAGAAGCGUCUCAACGAGAGCAAGAAUGGCAAGGCCCAGAAAAGGAAGCGCGGA